UCCCUCCGCCGCGAGGGGAGGGCACGGCUCGCGCUGAAUCGCCCUUUGUCCCUCCGCCGUCGGGAGCGCCCGGCGCGGAACUCGCUCCCUGCGCGUGCCCGCGUCCCGCACAGAGCCCAGUGGAAGCGCCGCGGCGGCCAGGCCGGGCGGGAGGCGCGUGCACGCAGUGGCGGCCGCGCGGCACGGUGUCCCUCCGCCGUCGAGGCCGCGGCCUCCUUUUCGUAUCCUUCCACCGUGCCCGGGCGGGGUCCGGGCGGCUCACCGGGGGCGGCGACGCGGCGGCGGUGCGGGUGGCGGGGCUGCGGGGAGAUGAGGUGAGGACGCCGAGGGACCGGAGGCGGCACCGCGCGGCGCACGGACCUGGGACUCGGAGUCCCGAAGCCGACGGACGCGUUCCGUACGGACGGCCGUGCGCGAGGCGGAGGAGAGAACAUUGAAAUUCUUCUCUGAGCUAUUUGAAGAGAGUGACUAAAUGCACCUGGGUCAGGCUGUCUGUGGGUAUGAAGUGGUUGGGAGAAUCCAAGAACAUGGUGGUGAAUGGCAGGAGAAAUGGAGGCAAGUUGUCUAAUGACCAUCAGCAGAAUCAAUCAAAAUUACAGCACGCGGGGAAGGACACCCUGAAGGCUGGCAAAAAUGCAGUCGAGAGGAGGUCGAGCAGAUGUAAUGGUAACUCAGGAUUUGAAGGACAGAGUCGUUAUGUACCAUCUUCUGGAAUGUCUGCCAAGGAACUCUGUGAAAAUGAUGACCUAGCAACCAGUUUGGUUCUUGAUCCCUAUUUAGGUUUUCAAACACACAAAAUGAAUACUAGCGCCUUUCCUUCGAGGAGCUCAAGGCAUUUUUCAAAAUCUGACAGUUUUUCUCACAACAACCCUGUGAGAUUUCGGCCUAUUAAAGGAAGGCAAGAAGAACUAAAAGAAGUAAUUGAACGUUUUAAGAAAGAUGAACACUUAGAGAAAGCCUUCAAAUGUUUGACUUCAGGCGAAUGGGCACGGCACUAUUUUCUCAACAAGAAUAAAAUGCAAGAGAAAUUAUUCAAAGAACAUGUAUUUAUUUAUUUGCGAAUGUUUGCAACUGACAGUGGAUUUGAAAUAUUGCCAUGCAAUAGAUACUCAUCAGAACAAAAUGGAGCCAAAAUAGUUGCAACAAAAGAGUGGAAACGAAAUGACAAAAUAGAAUUACUGGUGGGUUGUAUUGCCGAACUUUCAGAAAUUGAGGAGAACAUGCUACUUAGACAUGGAGAAAACGACUUCAGUGUCAUGUAUUCCACAAGGAAAAACUGUGCUCAACUGUGGCUGGGUCCUGCUGCGUUUAUAAACCAUGAUUGCAGACCUAAUUGUAAGUUUGUGUCAACUGGUCGAGAUACAGCAUGUGUGAAGGCUCUAAGAGAUAUUGAACCUGGAGAAGAAAUUUCUUGUUAUUAUGGAGAUGGGUUCUUUGGAGAAAAUAAUGAGUUCUGCGAGUGUUACACCUGCGAAAGGCGGGGAACUGGUGCUUUUAAAUCCAGAGUGGGACUGCCUGCGCCUGCUCCUGUUAUCAAUAGCAAAUAUGGACUCAGAGAAACAGAUAAACGUUUAAAUAGGCUUAAAAAGUUAGGUGACAGCAGCAAAAAUUCAGACAGUCAAUCUGUCAGCUCUAACACUGAUGCAGAUACCACUCAGGAACAAAACAAUGCAACUUCUAACCGAAAAUCUUCAGUUGGUGUAAAAAAGAAUAGCAAGAGCAGAACGUUAACGAGGCAAUCUAUGUCAAGAAUUCCAGCUUCUUCCAACUCUACCUCAUCUAAGCUAACUCAUAUAAAUAAUUCCAGGGUACCAAAGAAACUGAAAAAGCCUGCAAAGCCUUUACUUUCAAAGAUAAAAUUGAGAAAUCAUUGCAAGCGGCUGGAGCAAAAGAAUGCUUCAAGAAAACUCGAAAUGGGAAACUUAGUACUGAAAGAACCUAAAGUAGUUCUAUAUAAAAAUUUGCCCAUUAAAAAAGAUAAGGAGCCAGAGGGACCAGCCCAAGCUGCAGUCGCCAGUGGGUGCUUGACUAGACACGCGGCGAGAGAACACAGACAGAAUCCUGUGAGAGGUGCUCAUUUGCAGGGGGAGGGCUCACCCUGCACCUACAUAACCCGGCGGUCAGUGAGGACAAGAACAACUCUGAAGGAGGCCUCUGACAUCAAGCUCGAACCAAAUACGCUGGAUGGCUAUAAAGGCAGCGUGACGGAACCUUGCCCUGACAGUGAUGAGCAGCCAGCUCCCGUGGUGCAGGAGGAAGAACUGGCUCACGAGACUGCACAAAACGGGGAGGCAAAGUGUCAUAAAAGUGACACAGGCAUGUCCAAAAAGAAGUCACGACAAGGAAAACUUGUGAAACAGUUUGCAAAAAUAGAGGAGUCUACUCCGGAGCAUGAUUCUCCUGGAAAAGACGACACGGUGCCAGAUUUGAUGGGGCCCCAUUCUGACCAGGGCGAGCACAGUGGCACUGUGGGUGUGCCUGUGAGCUACACAGACUGUGCUCCUUCACCCGUCGGUUGUUCAGUUGUGACAUCCGAUAGCUUCAAAACAAAAGACAGCUUUAGAACUGCAAAAAGUAAAAAGAAGAGGCGAAUCACAAGGUAUGACGCACAGUUAAUCCUGGAAAAUAACUCGGGGAUUCCCAAAUUGACUCUUCGUAGGCGUCAUGAUAGCAGCAGCAAGACAAAUGACCAAGAGAAUGAUGGGAUGAAUUCUUCAAAAAUAAGCAUCAAGUUAAGUAAAGACCACGACAACGAUAGCAAUCUCUAUGUGGCAAAGCUGAAUAAUGGAUUUAACUCAGGAUCAGGCAGUAGUUCUACAAAACUAAAAAUCCAGCUGAAACGAGAUGAGGAAAGUAGGGGAUCUUACACAGAGGGGCUUCAUGAAAAUGGGGUGUGUUGCAGCGAUCCUCUUUCCCUCUUGGAGUCUCGAAUGGAGGUGGAUGACUACAGUCAGUAUGAGGAAGAAAGUACAGAUGAUUCCUCCUCUUCGGAGGGCGACGACGAGGACGAUGACUAUGACGAUGACUUUGAAGACGAUUUUAUUCCUCUUCCUCCAGCCAAGCGAUUGAGGCUAAUAGUUGGAAAAGACUCUAUAGAUAUUGACAUUUCUUCAAGGAGAAGAGAAGAUCAGUCUUUAAGGCUUAAUGCAUAAGCUCUUGGUCUUAAUUUGACCUGGUAUAACUACUUUAAAGAAAUAAAAAAUUCCAGUCAAUUAUUCCUCAACUGAAAGUUUAGUGGCAGCACUUCUAUUGUCUCUUCACUUAUCAGCAUACUAUUGUAGAAAGUGUACAGCGUACUGACUCAAUUCUUAAGUCUGAUUUGUGCAAAUUUUUAUCGUACUUUUUAAAUAGCCUUCUUACGUGCAAUUCUGAGUUAGAGGUGAAGCCCUGUUGUAAAAUAAAGGCUCAGGCAAAACUGGACAGUGAUAGCAACUUUCCACAGAGGACGUUGAGAAUGAUGUGGCUACAACAAUUGUAACUAAGAGCAUCAGCUGGCUCCUUAAUAUAUGACUAAACAAUAACUUAAAUCAUAGUAGCAGCAGAUUAAGGGUUUCUAGUAUGCUAAUAUCACCAGCAAUGAUCUUUGGCUUUUCGAUUUAUUUGCUAGAUGUUUCCCCCUUGGAGUUUUGUCAGUUUCACACUGUUUGCUGGCCCAGGUGUACUGUUUGUGGCCUUUGUUAAUUCCGCAAACCAUUGGUUGGGAGUCAGAUUGGUUUCUUAAAAAAAAAAAAAAAAAAAAAUGCAAUGACAUACGCAACAGCUCACUUCCCAGUACAUUAUAUGUACGAGGGUAGCAGUGUGCGGGAUGAGUUUCGACACAGUGUAUUUAUUGCUUGUCGUGUAAAUUAAAAACCUUGUAUUUAACUCUUUUCAAUCCUUUUAGAUAAAAUUGUUCUUUGCAAGAAUGAUUGGUGCUUAUUUUUUCAAAAAUUUGCUGUGAACAACGUGAUGACAACAAGCAACAUUUAAUGAACUACAGCUAUCUUCAUUUGGUUCUUCAGGUUUUCUGUUGCACUUGUAAAAUGCUACAAGGAAUAUUAAAAAUCUAUUCACUUUAACUUAUACUAGUUUAUGAAAUAAAAACAUGAGUCACAGCUUUUGUUCUGUGGUAACCUGUAAGAAAGUUUGUCUUUGAGGUUCAGUGUAAAGAACUGAAAACGAUGUAUAUGUUGUAAAUAUUUGUGUGUUGUGAGAAAUUUUGUCAUAAGAAAUUAAAAGAACUUACCAGGAAGGUUUUUAAGUUUAGAAAUAUUCAUGCCAAUAAAAUAGGAAAUUAUAAAUAUAUAGUUUUAAGCACUGCAUCAGUGGAAGUUCUUGGCUUAUGUUAGUUUAUUAUGAAAAUAUCAAAGAUUUUUUUGACUAUAUUAUCAGUUAAACAAAAAGGAGUCAGAUUUAAUUUGUUUUUUGAAGCACUUUGAGAAAUUAAUUUUAAUUAACUUAAUGAGCAAAUUUUUUAUUACUACUUUAUGUUCAGUACCAGGUUCUUUUCAUUUCUCUGGAUUAUUUUGCAAAUCAUUGGACAGAGAGUUUGGGAAUAUAAAUCUGUAACAGGUGUUUGACACCAGUAGGUCUCUUUAUUUCUGGGAAAUGUGUACAUGUCCUCUCUGAUACACACUGUUCCUAAGUAAAGAUCAAUUUAGGGGAUUUGUAUAGUGUCUAUAGGAAAGUGGCCCAUGUCUUAAAAUAUUAAAAGGAAUCUGCAGGUAAUGCAAAGUCCAAUGGAGAAAACCUCAAUGCUGACUGUUUUUACUGAUUCCUACUGAUUUCCAGGUUGAGGGGAUAUUAUUGAAAUUAAGCUCCUUAAAACUAUUGAUUGCCCAUAGGUUCCAAAUAGAAAUUAAUAAGAUUCAUGACCAUCUUUAAAAAGUAGAUUUUUUCCUCCUGGUUCUCUAAGGAGCUACGUCUGUAGUCUUACAUAGUCUCAUCCUUGUUCAUUACGGUGCAGGCGAACUUCUCAGGCAUCUGGAAAGCGUGUGGCAGACUUCCUUCCACACUCACUCACACCCACGUUGUGGGGCAGACACACAGCCUCUCAGGAGCACCCAUCCGAGGCACCCUGAGCACUCAGCACAUCCAGCCCUCAUGUCGUCCCCACAUAAAAAUAUGAACCCCAUGCCACUGAGGAAGAUGAAGGUGGACCUUGCGUCUGGAGGUGCUGUUCCCACUGUAGUUUGAGGUGUUGGGAAGAGGUUCAGAGACUAAAUCUGAAACCUUGUUUCAAUACCAACAACAGCUAGUUUGGGAAUUUCAAUCCUAAAAAGUAACACAUUUCCCAUUUUUCUUCAUUUUUAAGCUAAUUUUAGUAACUUAUUUAUGAUGUUUGUUUUAUCAUGGCCUCAUCUUUAGAGGUUGACCUUCCCAUGGGUCUCAGAGCAGUGACAUUUGGUAGCGAAUCACUGCCUCUCAGGAGUCGGUAUGCACAAGCACUCAGCAGCCACUGUUGAUGCCUUCUAGGGAAACCUAGUUUCCGUUUGUAAAGGUAGGGGCCUCGGAACUGUUCUGGAUCUGCUGUCGAACGUCACUGUGUGGAACGGUGACAUCCACACACCGUGGACCAGUUUGGAAGAGGUUGCAUUCUAUAAAACUUUUAGCUUGAGCUUAUGCAAUGAUUGGUUUGAGAUUUUGGCAUUGUAAGAAUUAGGAGAUGAUCAUAGAAAUAUAUGUAAAGUAUUCAAUUUUCAAUCAUUUUCAAAUUACUGUUACGAAUUGUUUUUGCUGAGUUGUAAUACUUUUGAGAUACAAUGUAUUCCUUGUACUGAAAGAAUGAAAAAGGACUUUUUCAGCAUUUGAGGUAAGUUCUUUAACGUUUCAUUAAAAACAUUUUUUACAAAUAUUUUGUACAUGCACUUGCAGUAUUGAGGUUAAUCAUUUUAAUAAAUUCGGAAAUUAAAACAA